GCAGCCACCACCCCGGCCACCCACCCCGAACCCGACCUCAGGCCUCAAGAAGUGAACGCGGGCCAGCGGGAUAAGGACUUGGGGCUUCUUAUACACGCCAGUCCACUGUCACACACUGACAGCAGCAGUUGCCCAUUGUUACUCGCGCACCACCCACCACCGGCAAUCAAAUUUUUCGCCCGCGUUCAAAGUGCAACCCAAAAAUUUCAGUGACCAAAAUUCAUUUCCAUUUUUACAUAUUCAGUGAACCCCAAAAAUAAAAAUUCAGGUGAAUUCAAUCAAACCGGAAGUGAUUGGCAAUUCAACAACCACACUCGAGUGAUGAAGUGAAAACGUCCAAUCCAAUCAAAAUUUAAAAAAUCGGCAAGUCUAAAAAGAGGUGCAAAUUUCAUUUGUGGACUGGGGGAAAAUCGGAAUAAUAUAAGCGCAUCCGGCGAAAAAUUCCGGAUUUUCUUCCAAAACUCGAUCGAGUUAUUAUUGCGUCAAUUGCAUCAACUGUCCGGGACAAAUUAAAUUUUAUCUCCGAUUUGGGGAGGAUGACGUCGUUGGCUGCUGGCGUCAGUGGUGCUAAUCGGCCAGCGUCUUCGAGUUCGGCCGGCUGCGGAUCUUCCUCGUCAGCCGUUCCGCCGUCGCAGCAGGGGAUGAGUUUGCCCGGAAUCGGCGGUGAGUUGGUGCGCACCGGAAGCCCCUGCGUUCUGUGCUCAUCACUUCCGACACAUUGGCGCUCCAACAAGACGCUUCCGGCGGCCUUUCGCGUCGUCUGCCUGGGCAGCAUCGACGACGGAACGCUCGUCACAGUCCGGGCCGGCAACGACGAGAACUGGAGCGCCGAGCUCCGCAACGGGACGGCCGUCAUGAAAAAUCAUGUGGCCAAAUUCAACGACCUCCGCUUCAUCGGCAGAUCCGGAAGAGGAAAAAGUUUCACGCUGACCAUCACCGUCAAUUCGUCACCACCUCAAGUGGCCACCUACACCAAGGCCAUCAAAGUCACCGUCGACGGACCGCGGGAGCCCCGGAGUAAAACACCAGGUCAUUCGCCGUUUAUUCCGCUUAGCCUGGCCUCCCGUUUCAUCGGCAACACCUUCGACACUCUCAAUUUAAAAAUCAGCCAACCCGCAGGUUGCAGAGGUUUCGGUCCACCGAUCGACUUCAAUUUGAGCAGUUCGGCUUGGGGGGCCUAUCGCGCCCUGGGACAGACAAAUCUUCCAAUGAACUGGGGUUCUUUGACCGGCGUCAAUGUCAAUCCGCUUCUUCAUCCGUCUGUCUGGGAUUCGCUCAAUCCGCACCGCUCCAUCAAUGGCCCAGGUCAUGGCGAAUCGAGUGUGGGAGGGACGAACGGUUUGCGAGUCAACGAAAUGAAUCGACGUGUUCCCCUGGAAUCUAAAACCAGCGACGUCGUCGAGGUCCAGCGCAACGGUACGGACAAUCCGGCGACGUCGUCCACAACCUCGGCGUCUGCAGUGGCGUCGACGCUUCCGUCUUCAUCUCUCAUGUCCAAUCUACCGCACCACAACGCUCAAUUCCUGCUGGCCAACCCUUGGUUGCACACGUCGCUGCUCUACUCGCAGCUCUACAGCCAACGCGUCCACCACCACCAUCCGCCACCUCCGCAGCCGCAACCGGCCAACAAUUUGAGCGUCGAACCAGAGUCCGGAUCGGAUAAUCAGGCCGAUCAGCCGGAUCAUGUCGUGUCGCUGCCCUGUAAGUUUAGUGCCCACCACCACCAGCGCUCGCCAGCGCCGGCCACUCCCAAGAGCAACGUUUCAUCGCCCGCCUCUUCGACGACGACGAAAGACAACACGCGGGAAAAGGCGGAGGUCGAUAACAAACGCUCAGAAGUCUGGCGGCCCUAUUGAUUCAUCAAAUCAAAUAACCUCCCCACCAAAUAAAAGUCAAUCAAGUUGGUGGCCAUUCGUGUAACAAAUAGAAAAGAUUUGAAAAAAACAAAAAAAUAAUUAAUUAAUUAGGCACAUUUGACUGAAUGAUGAUGAUGCCCCCCCCGUUGGUUAAUGUUAACAUUGAUAUAAUAAUGACUCGUCAUUUGUAUUUUCUCCAUUAUAAUAUUAUUAUUAAUUCCACACAUGUAGUUUUGUUUUCUACAUAAUAGCCACAUCUCUCUCUCUCUCUCUCUGAACUGCUUCCUAUUUAAGAUCAUAGACGACAAUUUUAAACUAUAUAUUUGAUCCCCGUGUUUUUUGUUUUUUUUUGGACGAUGUUGCAGAUUUAUUUAUGUCAAUCCCCGUGCUCACCUUUCUUGUCAUUAAUCCCAGACGCGAAAAACAUACACACACACACAUGGAACAAAAAAUUAAUAAGCGAAUUGACUUUUC